AUGCAGUGGUCAACCAUCACCACAAUCCUCACCCUCCUCCUCCUCAACACCACCCAGGCCUCAGCCUUCAGCAUCGCCCGAGUCUGGGCAAGCUUCUACAGCGAGUGUCCCGCCGACUCCUCCGAAACCCCGGCCCCAUCAUCACCAUCCGAUGACCCCACCACCAGCAACACCAACAGCAUCCUCGCCAACUUCUUCGCCUCCUUCUUCCAACGCACCGAAGACCAAUCGGCCACCGUCGUCAUCGACGUCUACUCCGGCACCUGCCAAGCCUUCCCCGUGGGCCGGCGCUACAACGCCGACGCCAUCUCCUUCAACGCCGAGGCCGUCUACACGGGGCCCUACGACCGGUGCAACGUGACCGUGCACGAGGUGCCGGGCUGCGUUGACGCGCCGCUGAUCGAGGUCCCCAUCCAGGCGGACGGCAGCGCCGCCGCUACCUGCACCGAGCGCGAAUUCCACUCCCUCUCGCAGAUGUGGAUCCUGCUUCACUGCGAGACCGACAAGAAGUCUUCCUCCUCCUCCUCCUCCUCCUCCUCCACCGGCACAAGCAUCGGCAAAAGCAGCAGCACCACCACCAGCAGCAGUGGCAGCAGCAGUGGACAGCAGAAGCCCUCGCAACAGGCGCAACCUCACGGUGGUGAUCACGACGAGUCUCAGUCACAAUCAUCGUCGUCCACGGAUCCCAAAAUCCCCGAUAUCCCCGCCAUCCCCGCCAUCCCCGACAUCCCCAAGCUGCAACCCACGAUCUUUUCCAAAUUGCACGCGGCGCUAGAAAAUGUCACCGCCGCCACCAAUGCCGGUGCUGGGAAGGCUAACUCGACGGCUCCAGUUCUGUCGCGGUCGAUGCGCCUGCGGCGCGCGGCGCGCACUCGCUUGUCGAAUCUGUGA